UGUACUCUAUGGUCUAUGUGCCCGAGCACAAGACAUAGUAUUGGGAACUCAGUGCAGUGCGACGGUGUUGUUCCAUGUAGAGUAAUGGUGUUUGCGCGUGUGAUGUGGGGAGUACGAUUUUGCUAGCGACCAUGUCUUGGCGUCCGCUGCUGCUGCUCUGCCUUCUGGCGGCCGCGCUCGCCAACCAGCUAGAAGACAUACCCCAUAAUGAAGUCAAAAACUGGGCGUUAAAAUUUGGCGUGGACCUGUGGGAGUUUGGGCGGCAUUUCACGAAAAUGAAUCAAAUUCAAAAUAAAUACCAUGAGUACAACGUGGAGGUCGUUCGGAAAGACGGACUUCUUCUUGUGCGAGAGCUUGCUGCAGAAGUAAAAAAUCAUAUGGAUUUCAAAAUAAACGCCGUUAAGCGUAUAAUGGACUCAGCAGAGGCCGCCGCAUUAUCGGCUGGUGGUGGGGGAUCAGAUGGUACUCCUGGUACGUACUACGACGCUCGAUGGCUUAAUGUCCACGCUGAUGAUGGGACUUUAGCGGCGCGCGCUCGGCGUCUCAUGCUCGCUCCUAGCCGUCACUUUGACCACAUCGCCGUUAACACCAGCUACAGCGCUGUGCUCAUGCCACCUUAUAUUAACACUGACGAUCCCGAAGUGCAGAACCAGAUAGCAUGGUCUGAGCAUUUGGAUCCACUUUUAGUUAACAACUACGAAAUUGACCCGACACUUUCAUGGCAGUAUUACGCCUCGUCAUCUGGGUUUAUGAGAAGAUAUCCAGCUAUGUCCUGGCCACCGGAAGAUGGUUAUUCACACCACGCACGUGAUUUCUACGACUUCAGAUCGUCAAAUUGGUUCGUGGAAGCAGCGACAUCACCGAAGGACUUGGUCAUCCUUCUUGAUGAUUCAGACGACAUGGGAUCAUCAUAUCGAAGACUGGCGAAGGCCACAAUCUCAGCAUUAUUGGAUACCCUAGGGCCUAAUGACUUUGUCAAUAUUUAUAGAUACAGUGAUACUGUAUCGGAGUUACAUCAGUGCUACACGAAGAUUUUGGCUCAGGCUGUACCGGAGUCGAUACGUGAACUGAAAAGUGCAGUCUGGGCAGCUGAGCCGUCGGGUGGUGCAGCUAACUUAACCGGAGCUCUCACAACAGCUUUUGAAAUCCUUCAAAGGUACAACCGAACCGGACAGGGUUGCCAGUGCAAUCAGGCGAUAGCUGUUAUAGGUGCGGGGGGAGGGGCUAGCGGGGUUAAGGGUGUGUUUCGCGCGUGGAAUUGGCCACAUAUGCCCGUAAGAAUAUUCACGUACCGCGUAGGAGGUGACGCUACUUCAGGAAGUAAUAUGAAAGAUAUGGCGUGUACGAAUAAAGGUUUCCACGUGACAAUUAACGACCACAGCGAGAUCCGGGCCAAGGUUCUUCACUUCGUAGAAGUCUUGGCGAGACCACUGGUAAUGUACCAGACUAUACACCCGGUCCACUGGAGUCCCGUUUACGUGGGAGGGAGGAGUAGCAGCUUGGACGACGACGGAAUGGGACAGCUGAUGACGUCGGUCACAGUACCUAUCUUCGACCGGAGGAACCAUACCCAAAGAGAAGCCAAUCUACUUGGUGUAGUGGGUACCGAUGUUCCCGUCGAUCAAAUAAAGAAGCUCGUAGCACCAUACAAGCUUGGAGUAAACGGUUACUCCUUCAUGGUGGACAACAACGGGCAUGUUUUAUAUCAUCCAGAUUUGAGACCACUGUAUACGAACGAGGAGUAUACAGAGACGCUGCGUCCACUUUAUUCAAGCAUCGACCUCACAGACGUGGAGUUACUUGUCGACUCUGAUGAGAAUUCCCGUGUUAAUCUCACCUCCCUUUUACUUGACCUGCGCCACGACAUGAUAGAGCAGCGAGAGGGUGAAACAGAGAUAGGUGUCAAGGUACAAUACGACGGUAUGCGACGAGUAGCAACACGUCGCCAGAGAUAUUUCUACAGCCCAGUGGAAGACACUCCUUAUUCCAUCGCCGCCGUGUUGCCUGAUGGCUACGGAAUGUACGAACUGCAAGCGGAGCAGGAAAUCAAGCAUAGUCCUAUAAAUAUUACAGAAUAUUUUAAGGGAGAUAACUGGAAAGUUCAUCCAGACUGGGUGUACUGCGAAUAUGCUUCGACAUCAGACCAAACGUUCAACUCUCCAGAGGAGCAAUUAUUACAUUUUCUGACGCGUACGGGCCGCCCCGGUUGGAAGUGGAUGUCUUUACGCCCGCGCGCGCUCACACUCCACAACGCGCAUAAGAAACAGGAGAGAGACUCUUAUUACUGCGAUAAAACUUUAGUUCAGUCCUUAGUUCGAGACGCAAUGGUAAUAAAAGAAUUAGACGCACAUACUGGACAUUCUAGCCAUCACUCACACCCGAUAGCGACAUUAAUGGCAUUAUUGACAAGGCAAGGCCGCUUCCACAAGUUCGUGGUAACUAUGUCCUUCAUUGCAACACGGAGUGGUCUUCUUAGGUGGACAGAAAAUAUAAAUACAACGAGAUCUACCGACUCUGUUGAUCCACAUUUUAGCGAGAAAUACGCGCGAUCGUUUGAUUCUGAAUGGUAUCGUCGCGCAGUAGAACAUCACUCUAUCGAGCCCGAGAGCUUUGUCUUCUCGGUGCCAUUUCGUGAUGGCUCUGAGGCAGAUGACUUCAAUGGCAAGCCUCCAUUAGUGCUCGCGACUCAUGCCGUGUUUGUAGAGUCAAGGGGCCACAGGGCUCCAGCUGCGGUAGUGGGUUUGCACUUUCAACUAGAUUCGCUGGCUAAACAUUUCCUUAAUGUUACAUCAACGUGCACAGCUGGAAGUGUCUGCAAAAAGACGUGUGCUGGGGACGAACUUGACUGCUACAUUUUAGAUGAUAAUGGCUUUAUCAUUCUAUCAGAGGACGUAUCACAAACAGGACGUUUCUUUGGUCAAGUCGACGGGACUAUAAUGGAUUCUUUGGUUCAAGACAAAAUCUACAAAAAAGUUAUAGUUCAUGACCACCAAGGGCGGUGUCCCGAUUCCAGAAACCAAUUCAGUGGAGACGGAAAUAAGUUAGCCCCAAUGAAGCCGUUAUCUUGGCUCGGUGGAUAUUUAACUCAUUUGUUAGCAGUGUGGUAUCCUCUAUGGAAUUCUGUUGUUGCUCAUCCUUAUACGGAAGAUGAAAGCGGGCACUCUAUAGAUUACGAAGACUAUGAAGGAGAAGAGGACUUAGAGCGAGACCAUGGCACGUACGAGAUCAUUAUAGACGGUGCAGGUGAUGUUAAUCAUGAGCCUAGCAUUCCGCCGCCUCACAUGCCAAGAGAACCUCCACGAGAAGCUGCAAGAUCGGCAGCUGUACGGCCUUGCGAUACUAGUGCUGAGCUCUUCACACUACAAUCGACGAGGCUAAACGCAGCACAACCACUGAAAGGGAAACUGACUAAUUGCCAUAACUCUGGCUGCGAAAGGCCAUUCAGCGUGCAGAAGAUCCCGCACAGCAACCUGAUCCUGUUAGUAGUAGACACGUUAUGCCCAUGCGGUGCAAAAAGACUGGACGUCCGUGCUCGGGAGGCACCGCCCCGCGCUGCGUGUCGCCGCCCCCCGCGCGCCUCGCACCGCCGCAGACCUCGCUCAUGCGUCUCUUACCACCCCGAGGAAAUCGAGAUCCAGUCCUGUGGACGCGCCGGUCGAUUGGAAGCUGCAACCGCACUGUCUUGUGUUCUAUUACUGCGGCUAUGCCUCUCGCUCGUCACGUGACUAUCUCGCCCUUAAAUCGACCGCAAUAGCUUUCCAUACCCAUAUCGAAUUUCAUAUCACUAUCAUUUUACCUAGAACAAGAAAGCUCGGCGAGUCGAUGUACGUUGUGUUCGAAUCGCGUGUGUUGUUGGACGAUGCUUGGACUGAUUUUGUCGUUAACCAAUGUCUGGUAAUACUCGAAUGGGUAGACGUUUUCAGGAAAUAAUUUACACUUCUAUAUAUUCUGAAAAUACUUUUUAAGAGGUCGUGUAAUGAGGAGUUAUUUUCCAGAAAUAUCUAAAUGUCUAAGACCCGAGUACUACAGUAUAGUCUACGUGAAAUGCUUAGGAGUUUUGAUCAAUUUUAUCGACUGAAGUUUUGGUCCGACCAAGUGAACUUUUGAUCUUGUUUUGAGACAGGAUUAUUUAUUUUAAGGUAAGAUACGGUUUAGAAAGUUUCCCCUCUUUGUUCAGUUCUCAUAUUAUAACUACGAUGCAUUUGCGUAUAGGUAGGUAACUAAUAUCUUGUUAAAUUUAAUUAAAUAUUAACUUGAAAAUCUUAUAAAUUAUAGAGAUGUUAAUAGGUGAUAAAUGAUUUAACCUAAACUAAUUACUGUUUUAGAAAAAUUUAUAUGUGUUGAUCCUGACUCAGUUUUUUCUCCAGAUCAAACUUAUUGAAAAUAUACUCUUUAUGUAUAUACAGAUAAAUUGCAUUUAUAGAGUAUUAUUUUAUGUGUGCCUGUGUUAAGUAAAAUAAGUUGUUGCUGUGAGCGACAUCGUGUUAUUGAGGAUAAAUUUUUAAUCUAUGAGAAAAUUAUGGGAUAUUCUUUUAGAAAUUUCGAUGGUCUAAUAUAUUCAACGACUUUUACUGUUCGAUGUCCUUGCAGUGACUUCACUUAGUAGUUGUUAGGGAUUUUCACGCUUAAUCUUUGAAUAAUAUUUGAGAAAAUUAAAGUUCUCGUAUUUUAUUGUACAUAUUUACUAUUUUGAUGGCCUACGCAUAACGUGUGCCACUAAUUAAAAAAUAAUAAUAUAAAUUAAAUGUAACUUUGGUCAUUUACAAUUUAUAUAACAGACGUACUUACAUAUGUCAUGAAGGUCUAUGAACCGUUAUUUUCCUAAAUUCAAUAAAUGCUGUUACCAUAAAAUAUCGUUAACGAUCAGUCUCGCUAUAACAUUUUCCCCUGUACAAUAUUUUUUCUUGUCUAUACUGUUGCUAUUGUAUUUGUAUAAAAUUAAUCAUUGAUGGUAUUCUAAGUGUAUAACUUUGAGAGUGCUUGCUGUUGUCCAUUUUUAUAUAUAAAAUAUAAUAUGUGAAUGUCCGCAAAGCUCUGAAAUAGUACAAAUUACUUAGUAUUUCUCACAUUGUGUGCCAAAUACAGCAGUAUUAUAUUUCAAAUGUCCAAUUAUAUUAUUAUUUUCGCUUGGACAAAAGCAAGCCCAUUGAAACGAAAAUAAAUGUUUUGAUGGCAAAUCUAAAGAGAGCACUAAUAGGUUACAAAAAAAUUACAGAGAAUAAUGGUUUUACGUAGAAAAUAAUUUUGAUUUUUAUUAUUCCGUUAAAACAUACAGUUUAUGUAUUAUAGAUAAAUAUAUAGCCUCGUACAUAGUUCAUAAUGUGAAGUAAAUUGCGUUCCUUCGCGAAUGUAGUCACAAACGUGACUUAAGUAUGGACAUUCCAGAGAUUGUCAGUGGUUCCAUUCUAUUCAUAAUGUUGUAUCCGUAUGUAUUUACAGUGUUGUUGAAGAAAGCUUUUGAAAUAUUGUACAUUUUGUAUAAACUAUACAGUAAGGAGUCAAUAAACAUGUAAUCGUUUCUACCGGUGAGUGUUAACGAAUAAUGUAUUGAAAGUGCUUCUUGAAAGCGUCGAGUCUUCCAUAGCAGUCGUGAGGCGUGUUUACUCUAACUAAGUAUUAAAAUGAUAAUAAUAGUGUAUACUCAUAGAAUAGGGACGCUCGCGUGCGUAUAUUUCGAGUUGCACAGCGCGGGCUUAGUUCUAUCAUAGACACAAAAGAUACCUCGUUUAGUUACGCAAUAAUAGCUAGACGGUCAGUGUUGAUUUCGCGUUUAUUUCAUGGACAUAUCAAAUCAGGCACCAAAUACUAAAUAAGCGAUUUUUUGUAUAUUUUCGAUUGUUGUCUUAAAGUCUUUUUAAGGAGGCCUCAGUCAAUCUAGGAUAAUUUCAAAAUCCGCCAUAGUAGAUUUAUAUAUCAUCGUAGAGUAAGUAGAGAAAUAAAAGGAUAGAGUAAAACUCAAUUAUUUAGCUUAUUGUUUUGCAGUGCGCCAUUGAAAGAGGUCUUCUUAAGUUAAAUCUUUUAAUAAGGUUUGUAAUCUUGGCAAGUGUUAAGACGGUGAUUGUCGCCAUUCGAUUCAUUGGUAUUGACUUUUAUAAAAAAACAUCCCUUUGUUUCAUCCUUUUAAUAUACUAUCGUGCCCUCGUUAACGCUUUUAGAAUAUAGAUAAUACUCGAAAUUUGUGGAUUAUUGAAAAUUCGUGAGUCAAUGUCGCCGUCAGUUUAUUUGGUUAGUGGAUGUAUUAUAAUUGUUGUCUAUGACACGGUCGACUGUGAAAAUGGUUCUCUAGUGUAAUUCUAAAUAUUCUUUUUGUUACUUGCCAGUUCACGCUAUAGAUAAACCGUAAUUACAAUAAAUAAAGUUCUCUUAUAACAUUG